AUGGUCAAACCAAUGGAUGCCACUGAGUACAGGCGAGCCAUUGGUUGUCUCAGGUAUUUGGUGCAUAGUCACCCUGAUAUUUCUUUUGCUGUUGGAGUAGCUAGAAGGUUCAUGGAAAAACCAACAAUAGUGCAUCACAAUGCUGUGAAGAAAAUUUUCCGGUACCUAAAUGGUACCAUACAUUAUGGGCUGGUCUAUGCCAUAGGAGGAGUAGCAGAGGUGAUCACUGGAUUUACUGACAGUGACCUUGCUGGAGAUAUGGAUGACAAAAAGAGCACGGGAGGAAUGGCUUUCUACAUUAAUGAAUGUCUUGUGUCUUGGAAUUCACAGAAGUUGAAGACAGUUGCCCUUUCAUCGUGCGAGGCUGAAUUCAUGGCGGCAAUAAUAGCAGCAUGCCAUGCACUCUGGCUUAGAAGUUUACUGGGAGAGUUAACUGGAGAAGAACUGGGAGUGGUGAAGCUGUUUGUUGACAACAAGUCAGCUAUGGCAUUAAUGAAGAACCCUGUCUUCCAUGGGCGCAGUAAACACAUUGACACAAAAUUCCACUUCAUUCGUGAGUGCAUCGAAGGAGGACAGAUUGUGGUUCAGUUUGUCAGCAUUGAGGAUCAAAGAGCAGAUGCUCUGACGAAGGCUUUGUCACUGAGGAAGCUUGCGACAAUGCAGCACCUGAUGGGUGUUCAUGAUCUCGGGCCACAUCAGGAUUAG